AUGGCGAGAAGAAGUCGAGUCGAUUCUCCCAUGGAGAUAUUCGACGAAAAUUCUGACUUGAAACGGGAUGACAUAGAAAAACAGAAGAAAUUCUUAGAAGCUAGACAGCGUGCACGUUCACCAUUUUUUAUUGGUUCUAUAGAAAAAGUAAAUAAAAAGAUAAGUAAACUUGAUAGAAAGUUACAGAAGUACACACAACUUGUUGUUGAGAGUCGGGCCUCAGAUGUUGAUGAUGUGGACAUUGAACACAUUUCCAGUGAUAGGGGGCGUGACACAUACCAGAAGAGAGAAAAGGAAACAAGAGAAGUGAAUAAAUUUGCUGGGUAUUUUACCAUGAAACAAACUUUUUUACCUGGAAGAAGUGAACGAGUAAAGCACAUAUCCAAAGUCAGCAUGCAACCCAGUAAAACUACAGUGGCAAAAAAGGACUCUGGAAAACCAAAAUUUGUAGAGUUACAUCAGUACCCUGGGUUUGACCACACAGAACUCAGUGUUCUUCCUGAUGAAAUACUUGUGGAGGACAUGCUGAAAAAAGCUGCUGAUGCACAUGUACAACUCAAUGUAAAGCCCUCGUACGCGCCAGACUUUCAGUUAUGGUACUAUUCUGAAUUGUCACAGGCAGUCUUUCUGGACAUGUUUUGGUACUUGUUCCUGGAGAAGUAUCAAUCCAGUAAGAAUUCUCAAGUGAAGCUGUUUAAUAGGACGGCUCACAACUUUGUCAAGCUUUUACUGUUUGUCAGGAAUCCACUCCACAAGGAUGUGUUUUUCAAGGACUACCCAAGUCUGUUGUCACAAGCUAUAUAUGCUGCAUAUUGCCACUCCUUCCCAGACUCCUACAAACAGUUUGGGGAGCAGUUUAAAGAGGACUUGGUGGCGUUAGUGUAUCAGUGGAUUGCGGGAAUCAAACCAGCUCCUCGAAUUUGGAUGUCAUGGAAUUUUGAUAAACUUGAGCCACCAAAUAUAAAGAUGAGAGAAGAACUGGCAAAUUCUCAGAAAAAGAAGAAAACGGCAUCAGCCACAUUGAACUUCGACUUCAUUGACUCCAUGUUCUCCAGCAAUGGUAGUCAGUAUACCUCCAUGACUUCCCUCAACCAAUCCGUGUCAAAAUCAUCAAUGCAGAGUUAUGGUGGGCGCAACAGAAAACAUGGAUCAGUGCGGAAAAGGAAUUCUGUGACAGGAUUGACUCCAAGAUUUAGGAGUCAGUCACCUGGGUCAUCACAGGAUGGGGCCAUUAUUGAUACUGUGGCUGAGCACCAGGGUGUGGAUAACAAAAGAACAGGUGGUAAGAAGCAACCAGACCCACGCAAGAUCAUGGAUGCGCUGACACCAAUAAGGGAGACAACUCUAGAAGAAGAGCAUGAUAAAAUGGAUACCAAGACCUCUAAUGCCUCUGUAGUGAUGGCAAAGGCUGCUGCGAUAAAAUCAUCAGAAGACAAAUUCUACAAAGAGUCUCACCCAGCCUGUCGAGGGCCUGACUUCCGUAAGUCUGCGUUUAACAUUCAUGGUCAGAGCCCGCUGAUGGCCCACUUUCUGCGUAUGAAGAAAAUAUCACAGGAAGGGGGUAUGGUGGUGCGUGUUUGUCGCACAGAACUCCAGAAUCUACCUGCUCUUGAUGCACCUACGUAUAAAGAACUCAUCAAGGACUCAUUUCAAAGAGUUAGAGAGAUUGAAAAAGAAUAUGACAGAUUCUAUGAUAAGAACAUGAGGGAAAGCCUGGCAUCCACAAAGAAACAUCGGGAGAUGAAUCAUGAGUACCAGAAACUACAGUCCUCUCUGUUGGCUAGACCCAAGGAGGUCAAACGUCUUUGUGAACUUCUCAUCCUUGAGCAGAAUAAAGACCAGGACUCUGUAUCAGCUGGUGCUGAUGCUGCGCUAGAAUCCGCCUUACUGGCCUGUCAGGAUUGAUUUGCUAUGUCUUCGAAAGUUGCUCUGCAAAUCAGUACUCCGUCCAUGAUCUGUAGCAUCAUUUGUGAUAAGACAUUAAAGAAAAAUUUGAUUAGAACAGUUAAAUCAUUCUCUCUGGCAGACAACAUGUGCCAAAUGGUAAUAUAUACUUUAUAAUUUGUGGAUAUUCUACAUUUCCAUAGGAGUAUGUAACUGAGAGAGUGAGAAUGUUGUUGGUGGUUGUAUGGCGUGGAUAUUCUACAUUUCAGUAUGAGUAUGUAACUGAGAGAGUAAGAAUUAUGUUGGUUGUUGUAUGGCGUGGAUAUUCUACAUUUCACUAUGAGUAUAUAACGGAGAGAGUGAGAAUGUUGUUGGUGAUUGUAUGUUAAUUUCAUGUCAUCGUUUACACAUAUUCAGCAUUAUCAUUGCCUUUGAUAGUGAUCAGGUUUAUGUAUACUUGUACUUCAAAACAAUUCUCAAUUUAUCUGUGAUAUCUUAA